CUACUGUUCGGUGAUUUCUUUUCCACACAAAAUUUCUUAUCCAAUUCCACUAUUCCAUUUUCCAUUACUUUAUACUUACUAUAGUUACUGCUCACUACUCAGUAACGACAUAUAGUUCUUACUGUUUUAGUCAAACUAGUAGUGGAAAUUGUUUAUAAAAUAAAUACGUCAACCAUUUUAGAAAUUGUGUCUAACAUAAAAGCGUGGCUAGCCCAAGUAAAAGAAGGUUCUUAAUUUUAUGACAGGAGGAUGAGCAGUUCCGAAGAAGUUUCUUGGAUCUCAUGGUUCUGUGGACUACGAGGAAAUGAAUUUUUCUGCGAAGUCGAUGAAGAUUACAUUCAAGACAAAUUCAAUUUGACAGGACUUAAUGAACAGGUGCCUCAUUAUAGGCAAGCUUUGGAUAUGAUUUUGGAUCUUGAACCAGAUGAUGAUUUGGAUGACAAUCCAAAUCAUUCAGACUUAAUUGAACAGGCUGCUGAGAUGUUAUAUGGUUUGAUACAUGCUCGUUACAUUUUGACAAACCGUGGUAUUGCUCAAAUGAUUGAGAAAUAUCAAACUGGUGAUUUUGGACACUGCCCGCGAGUAUAUUGUGAAAAUUCACCAAUGCUCCCAAUAGGUUUGUCAGAUGUUCCAGGAGAAGCAAUGGUUAAGCUUUACUGUCCUAAAUGUAUGGAUGUGUAUACACCAAAAUCAUCUCGUCAUCAUCACACUGAUGGUGCUUAUUUUGGUACAGGUUUUCCACAUAUGUUGUUUAUGGUACAUCCAGAAUACAGACCACCAAGGCCUAGCAAUCAAUUUGUGCCUAGACUUUAUGGUUUUAAGAUACAUGGCCUGGCUUAUCAAAUACAACAGCAGGCAGCAGCUAAUGUCAAAACACCACUCAGACUGACCAGCUUUAAUGGAAAACGUUAAUAUGUAUUAAUGGAAAAUUUAUCCACAUUUUUAUUAUUCUUAAAUAUUACUAGAUUAACAAAAACAAGAUUUAAUUUCAGUUACAAUUUUCACCAGCUGUUAGCUGUACAUUAUAUAUUAAUAAAUUGAUUUAAUUUGUUCAUCACAA